UCACUCUCUCUCGCCGAGAAUUGAACCAUAGCUCCACCGUCCGCCACUGCGCUCCGCGGCCGUUCCUUCUCAUCAGUCAGAAAACAGAUUGGUAAUUUCCGCUAAACAGGUUCAUUUCUUAGGGUUAGGGGCUUCUCACCUGGCAACCAAGGUUCAAAAGAAUGGCUGUUGCCAAUGGCUCUGGUGAUUAUUCUUCAAAAAUGGAGCUGGAUGCAUUUAGACACCUUUUUCCUAUGCAAUUUCAUGAUAGCCAUCAUGCCAAAUCAAUACGACCCGAUGCCCGUGAAAUCAGAGAAGCUAGAUACACAACAGUUGUACUUGGCAGUGUUGCAUCGGCAGAUGGAUCAGCACUUGUGAAGAUUGGAUCCACUACAAUGUUGGCUGCAAUUAAAAUGGAAAUCAUGACACCUACAGCUGAAUCACCAGAUGAGGGAUCCAUAGCUGUUGAAUUCCAUAUGCCUCCAAUUUGUUCUCCCGUGGUCCGACCAGGCAGGCCAGCAGAUGCUGCUCCUGUAAUUUCAAAACAACUGUUAGAAACCAUCACUAGUUCUGGCAUGAUUGAUUUGAAAGACUUAUGUUUGUUUAGCGGGAAAGCUGCUUGGAUGGCCUAUCUGGACAUAUACUGUUUGGAUGCUGAUGGUGCCCUGUUUGAUGCUGCAUUACUUUCAGCAGUUGCUGCAUUUUCACAUUUAAGAAUCCCUAUCGUUUCUUUGAAUGAUGAUGGAAGAGUAGUUCUUGUCCCCAAAAACAAAGACAAGAAUGCUAGCGAGGAAUUGAAAGGACCUGCUAAUAAAGAAGAGAAGCGAAAGCUCAAAUUGAAGAAUGUGCCAUUUUCCUUGACAUGUGUACUUCACAAGAGCUAUAUCAUAGCAGACCCUACAGCAGAGGAGGAAUCUCUAAUGGAAACAGUUGUUACUGUGGUGUUGGACUCAUCUUAUCAGCUCUUGUCUCUUUACAAGCCAGGGGGACCUGCUGUUGCCAACACAUCAGCUAUUCAGGGUUGUGUGACAUUGGCAUGGCAGAGAAUCAAUGAACUCAAAAAGAUAUUACAUGAAGCUAUUUCUGAUAUGGAGGUGGACUGAGUGCACUAUUAUCCAUACAAACAUUUCAGCUGGCAGCUGGCUUUCUUUGGUCUCUUCCCUUAUUUAUUUCAUUCUCAAUUCCGGGAAAGUAGCCGGAAAAUUUUUGCUGUAUAUCAAUGGGUAUUAUUUGCAUAUUGGCAAAUCUGUUAUGUUUACUUUGUAUAAAAGUACACUUAUGAAAUGUUUAAUCUUUACAUUGU